AUGGAAAACCUACGAAGACAUUUCACAAAGGAAAAGGACAAUGUUAUUGGCCGGGUCAAGCAAAAUGGUCGUUGCAAGAAGCACCCCAAACACCGCCAAUCACCAGGCGUGUGUUCUCUUUGCUUGAGGGAAAAGCUUACUCAAUUAUCUUCUUCUAAUAACCCACGUAGAAGAACCUCUUCUAUUAUCAUUGCUAAUUCUUCUUCUUCAUCAUCUUCUUUGUCUUCAUCCUAUUACUCUUCAUCAUCUUCCGGUUCUUCUUGUGCUUCCCCAAUACAUUGUUUUUGUUUCACAAAUGAGGGAAAGAGCAGCUCUUCUGUGUCGAUCUUUCUAUUGAGUGAUAACCAUGGAAUCGUAAAGAGUAGAUCAUUGGCAAUUGUUCCAAGGAGAGAUUGUGAACGGGGUGUGCAUCAUCAUGGUCAUGAUAAGAGUGCCAACAAAAGUGGAUUUUGGUUCAAGUUGCUUCAUCCUAAAAGCAAGAGAAUGGAGGAUGAUCACAAGGACUCUAAUCCGGUUCGUUCCAUGUCAAUAAAAAUAUGA